AUGACCAUCAGAAAACGGUCAUACUGCCCCAAGCCAAGUUCGACUGGAAGAACCUACGGUUUCGAAGAUUUCAAAUCCGUCGAAGAAUUCAAUUCCAAACUCUUUCGGAUAGUUGCACUCAUAAAACUAUGUGGCGAGGAGGUCACUGAUAAGGAUAUGCUAGAGAAAACAUUCUCUACUUUUGGCACUCCCAAUGUUGUUCUCCAACAACAAUACCGUGCCAUGAAUCAUAGCACCUAUGAGGAUUUGAUAUCUUGCUUACUGCUUGCUGAGAAAAACAAUCAGCUUCUGUUGAGGAACAGUGUCAUGCGGCCUCCAGGAUCAGCCCCAUUGCCAGAAGGAACCAGAAAAGAGUCCAACUUCGUCCAACGUAACAGAUCCUCAGAUCGUGGACGUGGACGUGGAAAUGGACAUGGACUGCGCGGCAGAGGACGCGGUAGACCGAACCAAGAUAACCGACCUAACCUCAGUUUUGGUCGGGGUAAGGGUCGUGGUAUCAACAAACCGACCCAAAGAGGCAGUUCAUCUAGACCAACUCCUUGCUCAAGAUGCGGAAUGACUAAUCAUUGGGUCAAGAUCUGCCGUACUCCCAAAUAUCUUGCUGAGCUCUACCAGAAGUAUGGGAAAGAUAAUCAUGAGGCUAACCUGGUUCAUCAAGUCAAUGAAGAUGACUCAAAGGAUGAUAAGAUUGAUGGCAUGGAUUAUGAGCUCUCCGACCUCCUUGAUUGA